AUGGCUCGCGGCAACCAGCGCGAUAAGGCCCGCGAGGCGAAUCUCAAGAAGCAAGCCACCCAGAAAAAGGCAAACGGCAAGAGCGGAAGCGAGAUGGCGCGCGACAAGGAGCUCGCGGCUGCCAAGAUGAGGGAGAAGCAAGCAGCUGCCGACGCCAAGAAGGCCGCCGAGGCUAACGGGAAGAAGUGA